AUGCAAGCUUUACCAGACGUGAAAGCGCCGUGUGAGGCCCUUCCUUCCCCCAGCCUGGAGCCCUUCCCACAGAGCUCCAUCGUGGUCACCCUCGAGGACAUGGGGCUCUGGAUGAAGUUUCACCAGAUAGGAACUGAGAUGAUCAUCACUAAAUCUGGCAGACGAAUGUUUCCUCAAUGCAAAAUCAAAGUCUCAGGCUUAAUCCCAUAUGCCAAGUACCUCAUGCUGGUAGAUUUUGUGCCAAUGGAUAACUUCAGGUACAAGUGGAAUAAAGAUCAGUGGGAAGUUGCUGGAAAAGCAGAGCCCCAGCUCCCUUGUCGCACCUAUGUCCACCCAGAUUCCCCAGCUCCUGGCAGCCACUGGAUGAAAGAACCUGUCUCCUUCCAAAAACUGAAGCUCACUAACAACACUCUGGAUCAACAUGGGCAUAUCAUCCUGCACUCCAUGCACCGUUACAAGCCGCGCUUCCACAUCGUGCAGGCAGAUGACCUCUUCAGUGUCCGCUGGAGCAUCUUCCAGGUGUUCAGCUUCCCUGAGACUGUCUUCACUUCUGUCACUGCCUACCAGAACGAGCAGAUUACAAAGCUCAAGAUUGACAACAAUCCAUUUGCUAAAGGUUUCCGUGAACAUGGGAAGAAUACUCGAAGGGAAGGACGAGCCAAAUGCCAGAAGCCCAGUCCAGCCAAGAGUCAGAAGAGGAAGCUCCCUGAGGAAAAGGAGCCUGCUGCUGAGGAACGUGAUUUUGAGAAGGAUGAGAAUGUAGAUGUGAAGGAAGAGAGUAACCCUGUGGUGGUGAGCAGUGGAUAUCCCUUCUGGGGCUCGGAGCAGAACAGCAGCCAGGCCUUCCCUGCAGCCUCUCCAGUGCCUGCUGACCAGAGGGAGGGUAUGGCCAGAGAGCAGCAAGUGCCAACACCAUCCUACCAGACAUAUAGGUUCCACGAAGCUGGGGACAGCCAGCAGCUUCCCAGCCGCGAUGCUGCGACCUUGAACGAUUUCCGAGCAAGGUGCCACGCCUUGGAUCUUGCCAUGGUGCCCGAGCACGACUCCAAACAGCUCCCAGAGGGCUUCACCAACCUGCCCCCACUGCCACCACCUCUGCCUCCUCCCCAGGACUACACAGGAGUGGUGAACAUGGCUCUGGACUCGGUGGGGAAAGCCGGGGCCCGGGCACCCAUGUACAGUCCCUAUGGCACCGAGCAGGGCCUGGGGCAGUGGGUGGUGCCUCCCCACAGCCAGUACAGGGCAGUGAGCUACUCGGCCUUCUCCACGGAGUACAACACGCAAGGAACUCCAGGACAUGCCCAUGGCACCGUGGCAGAGUGGAGCCAGUACCCUCUGUUCCCCUACGCCUGCUGGUGA